GGCGGCGGCGGCGGCGGCGGCGGCGGCUCGUGGCGGCUCCGAGCGGCCCCCGCGCCCUGUCCGAGGCGGAGCCGCCCAGGUGUCCUGGACGAUGCUGGCGCGGCCCUAGGCCCAGACCCUACACCAUGACCUGCUGGCUGCCUAUGCUGGGCCUGCACCUGCUGCUGCUGCCCACGGCUCCUCCCCUGGCCGCGGGCUGCCCCGCGCGCUGCGAGUGCUCUGCGUCCACCCGGACCGUGGCCUGCGGACGCCGCCGGCUGACCGCCAUCCCCGACGGCAUCCCGGCCGAGACGCGCCUCCUGGAGCUCAACCGCAACCGCAUCCGCUGCCUGAACCCCGGGGACCUGGCCUCGCUGCCCACCCUAGAGGAGCUGGACCUCAACCACAACGUGAUCGCCCACGUGGAGCCCGGGGCCUUCGCCAACCUGCCCCGCCUGCGCAUCCUGCGUCUCCGUGGCAACCAGCUGAAGCUCAUCCCGCCCGGCGUGUUCACGCACCUGGACAGCCUCACGCUGCUGGACCUGAGCGAGAACAAGCUGGUCAUCCUGCUGGAUUUCAGCUUCCAGGACCUGCGCAGCCUGCAGCGGCUGGAGGUGGGCGACAAUGACCUGGUGUUCAUCUCCCGCAGGGCCUUCGCGGGGCUGCUGGGGCUGGCCGAGCUCACCCUGGAGCGCUGCAACCUCACCUCUCUGUCCCCGGAGUCGCUGGGCCACCUGCGGGGCCUGGGCGCCCUGCGCCUGCGCCACCUGGCCAUCGCCGCCCUGGAGGACCAGAACUUCCAGAAGCUCCCGGGCCUGUCGCACCUGGAGAUCGACAACUGGCCGCUGCUGGAGGAGGUGGCCCCGGGCAGCCUGCGCGGGCUGAACCUCACGUCGCUGUCCAUCACGCACACCAACAUCACGGCCGUGCCGGCCGCCGCGCUGCGACAGCAGGCCCACCUCACGUGCCUCAACCUGUCGCACAACCCCAUCAGCACCGUGCCGCGGGGCUCCUUCCGGGACCUGGUGCGGCUGCGCGAGCUGCACCUGGCGGGCGCCCUGCUGGCUGUCAUCGAGCCGCAGGCCUUCGUGGGGCUGCGGCAGAUCCGCCUGCUCAACCUCUCGGACAACCUGCUGUCCACGCUGGAGGAGAACACGUUCCACUCGGUGAACACGCUCGAGACGCUGCGCGUGGACGGCAACCCGCUGGCCUGCGACUGCCGCCUGCUGUGGAUCGUGCAGAGGCGGAAGACCCUGAACUUCGACGGCAGGCUCCCGGCCUGCGCCACCCCCGCCGAGGUGCGCGGCGACGCGCUGCACAUCCUCCCGGACUCGGUGCUCUUUGAGUACUUCGUGUGUCGCAAGCCCAAGAUCCGGGAGAGGCGGCUGCAGCACGUGACGGCCACCGAGGGGGACGACGUGCGCUUCCUGUGCCGGGCCGAGGGCGAGCCCGUGCCCACGGUGGUCUGGGUGACGCCCCAGCACCACACGGUGACGGCUGCCAGCCGGGGCCGGGCACGCGUGCUGCCCGGGGGCACGCUGGCCCUGGCGGACACGCGGCCCCAGGACAGCGGCACCUACACGUGCGUGGCCAGCAACGCCGGAGGAAAUGACACAUAUUUCGCCACCUUGACCGUCCAGCCGGCCGCCAACCGGACCCAGGGCGAUGGGCACAACGAGACGCAGGUGGGCGUCCGGUUCCCGCUGGACCUGACCACCAUCCUGGUGUCCACCGCCAUGGGGUGCAUCACCUUCCUGGGCGUGGUCCUCUUCUGCUUCCUGCUGCUCUUCGUGUGGAGCCGCGGCCGAGGGCAGCACAAGAAUAACUUCUCCGUGGAAUAUUCCUUCCGCAAGGUGGACGGUCCGACGGCCGCGGCCGGCCAGGGUGGCGCACGCAAGUUCAACAUGAAGAUGAUCUGAGCCGACCCCACGGUGGGCUGGUGGGGGAACCUCUCAGCCUCCAUCUAGUCCCAGAUAAUCUCCACCUAUGCAUAUUUUCUCCAGGGGCAAGCAUGGAGGCAGAACGUCCUCGUUUUUGUAGACAUCUACGGGACUGGUUUGAGCAGAUCACACCUUUUGCAGUUCCUGAAGUGUUUUCUAGCGGUUUCAGCCUGUCUUUUCCGCCCUCUGCUGUGGCUGCUGUGCUGGGACCCCAAGUGGCUGGGGACACUCAGGGUCCGAGGUUCCCUAGGCAGGUGCAGGCUGUGGGGGCAAAGUCUCAGCAGUCAGGUCCCCCGAUGCCUAUGGUGGGAGGCCCCUGGGGACACCGGACAGGCACAGUGCUUACAGUGGGUGCCCCACUUUGGCACAGCCGGGUACACACAAGGCCCAGGGCUGCAGGGACCCUCGGAGGACAGGGUGUGCCCUGGCCCAGCUCCUGUUCACCACUACUUGGCCAACAGCCAACCCAGGGCUCCCCCAGGCCCUGCUGAGUGGCUCAGAGUCACUGAGGGAGCCCUAUCCCCCACCAGGAACUUCCACCUGCCAGGAGAAGCCAUGUCCCCAUGUCCUCUACAGGUACCUCCGCCCUGCCUAGCUGUCCUGGACAUCUGCUUGCAGGAGGAGUGCCUCUAGACAGCCAUAUCCACUUUGCCACUCACUCGGCAGAUGUGGUCGCCUGUGGCCGGUGAGCAGCAGGGGCUGAGACAUCAGAACCGGUACCCUAUCCCAACCAGGCUUCUCCCGGUGUCCACCUCUGCCCCUGCGGUUAGAGCACUGUUGAGGGAGGGGACCUGGGGUAAGACAGACUGCAGCUCUCCUCCUGCCCAGCUGUGGCAGCUGUGGUCAUCUGGGCACCUCGGUGUCUUCCGUUACAGAUCUGAGCGGGCAGCGUUUGCCCUGUGUGCUGAGGCCAGGCCUCGCAGAGCCCUCCUGAUUGUGUCCAGAGAGAAAGGCAAGUCCAUGCAAUCGAAGCCUCAGACCAAGCGUGGCUGGUCUGAACUUGGCUGGGAACAUGUUGGGACCCUUUGGCCUUGCCGUUCCCAACCUUUGCAUCACACACAAACUGGUCCACAGGACACCCGUGACUGGGCAGAAUGGCAUUUCUAGACUCCACCCCUGAGCCGGACAGGACUGACCCCUUUAGUCCUGGAGCAGCCUCUUAGCCCGUUGCCAUGGCAACCCUGAGGGCCCUCAAAACAACCACCAACGAAAUCCAAGUGCCUUUAGAGUCAUUAAAAGACAAGGAGGGGUACAUUCGGCAGGGUUAGGGGUCACAAAAUGUCAGUGCGUUACACUGGGGUUCCCCACUCCCAACCUCUAUCCUCACCCCGCUGUGUUUGACUGAAACCCAAUAAAACAAAAUGAUUUAAUACAAAA